GCAGCCGUCCGCUGCCGCGCUGCCGAGUCACCGGGGUGGGAGGAGCAUGAGUAGGGGGCGGGGUGCAUGCCGGAAUGCGCAGGCGCAAUGCGACCCCCGAGGCGCGGGCCGCCCACUUGGCUGGUUUGGAUCCGGGUCAGUCGGGCGCCGAGAUUCGGGAGAGACGCUCUGAACUGACUGCACCGCAUCACCGGAGCGCCCCAGCUGCGAGGCGUGUUAACAGGAACAUCGAUAAGUAGUGUAAAAACUUGCACAAUGAAAUCCGAGGCCAAGGAUGGAGAGGAGGAGAGUCUACAGACUGCUUUCAAGAAAUUAAGAGUGGAUGCAUCAGGGUCCAUAGCAUCUCUGUCUGUUGGAGAAGGCACAGGUGUCAGAGCACCAGUCAGAACAGCAACAGAUGAUACCAAACCUAAAACCACAUGUGCAUCUAAAGACAGUUGGCACGGGUCUACAAGGAAGUCUUCACGAGGAGCAGUGAGAACUCAGCGUCGUCGACGUUCUAAGUCUCCUGUCCUUCAUCCUCCAAAGUUUAUACAUUGCAGUACAAUAGCAUCUUCUUCCAACAGUCAACUGAAGCACAAAAGCCAGACUGACUCACCUGAUGGCAGCAGUGGGCUGGGAAUUUCAACCCCGAAAGAGUUCAGUGCAGGAGAAAGCUCUACUUCUCUCGAUGCUAAUCACACAGGGGCAGUCGUUGAGCCUUUGAGAACUUCCGUUCCAAGGCUCCCAUCAGAGAGUAAGAAGGAAGACUCCUCUGACGCUACCCAAGUCUCCCAAGCAAGUCUCAAAGCCAGUGAUCUCUCUGACUUUCAGUCCGUUUCCAAGCUAAACCAGGGCAAGCCAUGCACAUGCAUAGGCAAGGAAUGCCAGUGUAAGAGAUGGCAUGAUAUGGAAGUGUAUUCCUUUUCAGGUCUGCAGAGUGUCCCUCCCUUGGCUCCAGAACGAAGAUCCACACUUGAGGACUACUCUCAGUCGCUGCAUGCCAGAACUCUGUCUGGCUCUCCCCGAUCCUGUUCUGAGCAAGCUCGAGUCUUUGUGGAUGAUGUGACCAUAGAGGACCUAUCAGGCUACAUGGAGUAUUACUUGUAUAUUCCCAAGAAAAUGUCCCACAUGGCAGAAAUGAUGUACACCUGAUAGCAAGAAGCUAAUUCAUAUGCUUUAAACCAAUGAAGGCUUGUCAAAGAGAUUUAGUUAAUGGCAGACCUUGUGGCCACUUUGUGUGAGAAGACAUCUCUUUCUGCUCACUGUGCUUGCAAUAAAAACUUUACUUGGCAUCUCAGUUAAUCUUCAUUCUUUAAACUUACUCUUUGAGUUCUUCCAUACACUUCAAGGCAAGCAGAUCAAAGAAAAAUUUAGAAAUGUUCCUGGGGGAUGAAGAAACCGUAAUUACUUGAGACUGGCAGCAGUGGGUAAAAGCCUUUGUAAAACAGUGCAUUUUUCAGAUUUGUUUAAGGUUUGGUAGCCAAGGAAAGUAAAAUGUGAUUUUGUAACUGCACUAAACAUUUGUCAUGCUGUAGUUGCCAGCCCAGAAUAUUAGAAGUUACAAGACUGAUUUAAACCAUCUCUGAUUUAAUGCAAGAUUUAUUGUGUCUAUAAAGAUUUCUCAUGUUAUUGUUAAGCCAGAGAUCUAAGGUUUAGAUUCAAUUUGAAUAAACUAGCUGGCCUGCCCUCUA